AUGGGCGAGUACGAGCCUGCCCGCCUGGGGCUCUGUCCAGGCAGCGAGAGUUUGUCCCUUGUGAAGAUCCACUUGAGACGCGUAACCACCAAUGGGAACGGCGACUGGCCCUGUGACUCACACCUGCUGACCGUCAAAUUGGCGCUAGGCCUCAUACGGCUGGCGGCCCAGGCGGAGAGGCGAGGGCCGCUGAUUGGUGGAGAGGGCGGGCGAACAGCCGUAAUCAUAUCUUCUCUGUAUUCUCCACGCUUUCAACCUCGACGUCCAGCUCAAGAUGGACUGUUAAGCGCACCCCCCGCCGCGUCGUCUUUCUCAAGCGAGACAGACAUCAUAGAUCCUCAACGGACUACGUUUUCAACUCCCCUCUCCAACAUUCAAACAACUUCAGAGUCUCCUUCCCAGGAACCUCUGAACUUCAGCAUCGCUUCGCGUAGCUCAAGUUCUCUCCCGAACCCUUUCACCACGUUCGACUCUCAGUCGUUCAUCACGGAUAACCAUCAGCAACCAUGGCUUCCUUCACCCUCGCCCACGCAGCCUCUGGCUCAGAAUCUGAACUCCGAUCCCAACAGCAACAAGAACAACAGCAGCAAUUCUCCGCAGGAGGACUUUGUGCUCUUUCCCGCUCCGUGUCCGCAACCUCUUCAAGAUCAGCAGACGGACUUGAUUGCUCCGGCAUACCUUUCCCCUAGACAGUUUGCGGCCUACCAACGCUUGAUCGUCCAGUCGGGUCACAAUCCGCGACGAAACUUGCAAACAAACUUUGGUCAAAGCCAGCGCAGUCACUCCGUGAACUUGCCUCAGCAGCUCGCCGGCUCCCGAGUUUCCUCAAAACUCCAGGUUCCUCGAGUAGCCCGACUGAAUACGCAGUCUACCGGGUAUCCUCUGUCUACAUCUCUUCGGUCUAGUCCUUCGAAUCAAUCGCACGCUCUGCGUCGAUUCGCUGCUUCGAAUUCUGCUCCCGCGGCUUCGAAUUCUAAUUCUCAUCACUUUCGUCCACCUGUUCCGCUUUUCAAUAGCAGCACCACCAACUCCCCAAACCAGAAUCAGUACGCGCCAGCAAUCCAUCGCCGACGCAUCAUGUCUACCCCGAGCAUCAUGUAUCAAGGUGGGUUUAAUUGUACAGACACUGAGCGUCUCGUCCUGCGUACUGAUCUGAAUGCUCUAGAACUUUUCGACCUCGCUGAGUCGUUUGGCGACGAUUUCAAACCCGAUCUCGACAUGUUCUCCUCGCCUAACCUCAUCCCAACUGGCAUGAUGGCAUCCAAAGAUUCUCUGGCGCACCUGCCUACGAACACAGUAUCGCCGAGCGAACUGUUCUUGGAUGCAUCAGCUCCCCCGUCAGCUUCAAUGACGGAGCUCAGUACGCCAUCUUUCGAUUCGCCUGGCUGCUUCAGCAACGACACGUCUCCAAUGUUCGCCGCGGACGCGGAACUGGCUCCCGACAGCGAAGAUUGGAAUUCUCUAUUCCCUGAAAAUGACUCAUUCCCCGUUCCCUUCGCUUCGGCUGCCUCGGAGCUGCCAUCCUUUUUCCCGGAAGUCAAGGCCGAUGCCUCUGUCACUCCCGCUGUGAAGUCUGUUUCUCCGCCCGUCCCUUCUACCGCCGCUUCGAGCCCCGCAAACAAGCACUCGACCGUUGCCGGGGUCAAUGCAAGUGGCAAAAAAGCCAAGCCACUUCCGGCGAUCGUAUACGACCCCGAAGACCCGAUUGCCGCCAAGCGUGCACGAAACACGGCAGCAGCUCGUAAGUCACGGCAGCGCAAGGCCGACAUUAAGGCGCAGUUGGAGCACAAAAACGCUCUGCUCGAACAGGAGCUGGAGGAAACCCGCCAGAGCCUUGAGUACUACAAAGCCCGCUUGGCUGAGGCCCUAGGCACCGCCAACGUCAAUUAA